AGUGAAGUCUGCUGUUUGCAAACCAGAAAAAAAUUCCUUUCUCGUUGGCUCAAUGACUCCUGCUUCAACAAUCAAAAGAAUAAAUUGGUGAAAAUUGAAAACAUUGUUGCGGUCGGGGAUGGAGUGACUACAACUGGGAAGAUAAUGUCAAAUAUUUUACAAAUUACUAUACUAUUAGAGUUUUGUUAUUCUGAGUUUGGAGACAUUAAAAGUUUGUGGGAUUGACAUUAUUGCUUCGAGCAAUAUGAAUGAUUAAAAAUAAACAGUGCAAAUUGAAGCAGGGUUCUUAAGGUUAUAAAGGCUACAAUAUUAUUGUGUAAUAUGUAGGCCUAGAUUAUUGUCAGAUUGAUUUUAACAUUUCCAAUGGUCGUGUAAGAGGUUCUACUACUGUCCGUACUAAUGACAUAUUGGAUUUUGCUGAACAAGAAUAAGAAGAAAACAGAGAAAUGAGGCCUGACAAAUGAGCUUUGUCAAUGUUUACCGAUCAUAAAUAGCCAAAGUACAUUAAUAUUGUAAGUAGCCAAUGACUGACAAUAAAAGUAUGACUAACGACAUUGACGACCAUCUGGAAAUGAGGUUGUUGGAUGAAGAAAGUCGAGAUGAAGACAGUGAAGUCGCUCAUAAGAAUGUGAACACUUCAUCUUACCCUUACCUAGGCCUAAUACUAGCAUGUAUCUCAUCCUUGUUUUUUUCUUUAUGCUCAGUAAUUGUGAAGUGGCUCACUAAUGUUCAUCCAAUGGAACUAGCUGCCUGCAGGUUUGUCGGUGUCCUUUUACCAGCAAUUCCUAUUGUGUUGUGGCGGAAUGAAAACCCUUAUCCAUCAGGUAAACGUUUGAUGCUCCUUCUUCGAUCUUUUGUUGGAACAACUGGGCUGAUGUUGAGUUUUUAUGCUUUUAGGCACAUGCCACUUGCAGAUUCAUCUGUUAUAGUAUUUAGUGUUCCAGUAUUUGUUGCUAUAUUUGCACGGAUAUUCCUUAAAGAACCAUGUGGUUUUUUUAAUGUAAUAACAAUUCUUUUGACCUUAAUAGGAGUGAUUCUGAUUACAAGGCCACCUUUUAUAUUUGGAGCGCACAUUCCCUCAUUAGCCUCUGAUGAACAGACAGGCAGUACUGACCUUUGGGCUGCAGUUGCUGCUUUUUCAGCUACUCUUUUUGGAGCCAAUGUUUAUGUUCUUCUACGAGCACUUAAGGGUCUUCAUUUUUCUGUAAUUAUGACUAAUUUUGGUGCCUUUGCUCUCAUUCAAACUGUCGGAGUUACCUGGGCCUUAGAUGCCUUGUGUUGGCCACAGUGUGGUAUUGAACGACUUCUUGUUGUGGCCUUAGCUUUGUUUAGUUUUGGUGGCCAGAUUCUUCUUACGCUAUCUCUCCAAUUGGAGCAAGCAGGCCCAGUUGCUAUUGCUAGGUCUGCUGAUAUUGUUUUUGCAUUCAUUUGGCAGGUGCUCUUCUUCAAGGAAAUUCCGAAUGCUUAUAGCCUUGCUGGUGCAUUUUUAGUUACUAGUUCUGUGAUGUUAACAGGCCUUAGGAAAUGGGUUAUAUCCUUACCUGAAAAUUCUCCAGUCAAACGAAAGCUGGCGAUCUUCAUAAAAUAAGAGUCAGAAUAUGUGGAGUUAGUAUUAUACUACUUGUAAGCAUAGUUCACAUUCAACAUCUUGGCUUCCGCAAACAAUUACAUUAUUGUGACACAUCACAAGCUAAUAGUAGGUUUAACUCCAUAAGCUAGAUACAAAAUAUUUUUGUAAUGUAUGGUACUUAUGGCUUUCAUUUCAAAAAUAAAAAGACAAAUUAUUUUUACUCUUACAUAAGCCUGAGGUGUUAAAUAUUUUGUAGGCCUUAAUUUUAUGGUUUGUAAAAAUGCUGUAGACUACUAUUUUGUGUAUUAUGAUACUCAGAGAAUUUUCAAAUAGAAAUUGCACAAAAAGCAAUUAAUUAUAAUACCAGAUAGUGGCAAGGUUAUAACUGAUUCCUUGUAUUGACACCUUGAUAAAGAACUUGGUCGUAAUCCAGGUUCACUUAGAUUGCACAAACCAUUAUGAUUAAAUUAUGCGUAACAUAUUGGUAUAACCUCAUUCAGAAGAUAAACUUAAUGUACAUUGUUUUUUUCAGAUUUAAGUGUAUAACGUAAAAACUGUUCACUCAAAUAUAAUUGUUAUACAGAAAGGCAAAUUUAAAGAAACACUCUAAUGAUAGUAAUAGUUCAGUAAAAAGCUAAGUAUAACAUUUUUACAAGAAAUACCUUAGAUUGUUUAGAUAGAUUCUUUAAUACUUUUUUUUAAUUAUUGAAAUUAGAACUAUGAUGUUGUCAGACAUGUAAUAUAAUUAUUAUUAUAUAAUAUGUAUAUAACAGUGUUUGUGAUUAAAAUCCUUCAAGAACAACAAGCAAUCUUAGUUCUUAGGCUUACGUGGCUGUUGUCAUAACAUUAUAAUAACUAACACCUAGGAUUUCCGGUUCACAUUGUGUUGAAAUAUUGCUUAUACAAUUAAAUUCUUGAAAUAUUUUGGCCUCUCUGUUUAAAUAUACAUUUCAAUGCUGUUUUUAUGUAUGAGGCGAUCUGAAUGGUGAUGUGUUCACACCGGCCUUAUAUCCAGUAAGUCUUGCAAAUGUAAACAAUUGAGUGUAAGAUUUUAUAAAGAGAUUUUGUUCUUGAUUGAUUUAUGCUUAAAUAUGGUUUUAUUCACUAAAUGAUGGGAAAUAUCUUUUCCAAUACAGUCAGAUGAAAUUUAUGUUUCAUUUUUUACUGUUAAAUCAAUUAUCAAAUUGGAGAUAGGUUAUUAUUUUAGUUAGUUAAUUUAUACAAUGAUGGUUUGAAGGCCCUUUAUUGAUUGACAUUUUAUUAUGUUUUUUUUUUUUUUAUUUCAUCAUCUUCGAAAUCUUAAAAGUUUUAAAUAGCUAUAAGCAUAUUAGUGGUUUCUAAAAAUUUAUGUUUGAUAUGGCCCAUAUCAAUUAGACAUUAUGUUUGUAUAUUUAUUUGGUUGCAUUGCUUCAAUAUUACCUACAAUUCUAGAACUUCUAGUAUGCUGCAACUAUCAGGAAAUGUUAUGAGAUAUGUAAAACAAAUAGGAGCUUAAUACCUAAUCUAAAUCCUUUUCAAAACGCUGUUUAGGUAGCAAUCUGGUAUCUUUACAAAAAAUAAUAAAAAAUUGUUAUUAAAAGUUAUCAUUAUUCAAAGUUUAAAAAAAAGGCAUUUUAUGGUUAGUUCUAAGUUGUUAUUUUGCAUAUAAUUUUAUUUUGUUCUAGGAGGGACAAUAAGUGAGCUGUAGAUCCUUUUUAGUAAACAGUCACCAUCAUGAAAACUUAAGAGAGAAUGGAUGAAUAAAUUGAUUAAUUUUUAUUUCUCAAAUAGAUGGACAAUAUCACAAUUUUAACCCUUUAAGGAGUAAUGACGUUCUGGAACGUCAAUAGAUCAUUUGUUCAUAGGAGUAAGGAUGUGAAACAUAAUACUCUCCCAAAAUAGUAAGAAAAGUUUUGUUUUAUUUUUAAUGAAAAUCAGAUAUUAUUACUAUAAAAAGCUAACAUUUACUUUUGUUGAGAAAACACAAAGGCUAAAAUUUGUUUUUUGUGAUAAAGUGCUCGAAACAUGGAUGUAUACACAGUGGCAAACCACACUCUUUACAUUCAAACGUUGUAUCCUUCCUCUUCUUUUCUCUGCUUGAGGAAUGAGAACAGACGUAGCAUCUCUUUUGUGUCUUCCGUGUCUGACCUCUUCUGCGUUGGCAGUGGGCGGGGGAAGUCUGCAGGUCAGGCGGAGCGGAUGUUGGUCUCUGGUAGCGGCUGGCGGCGGCACGACCCUCGGCGCCGCGGCUACCAGCCUUCCUUCUCUUGGAGUGUGAUGUGUUUCCAAUAUUUGUCGGAUGAGGUUUAGUCUAAAGUCAAAAAAACCCACUUUUCUUGUUUUGUUUGAUUACAAUCCUUCACUCCACUCAUACAGCCCCCUUCUUAUGUCGUCACUACGUAAGUUACGUUCUGGAUCCAUUUCACAACACAAAAGGAAACUGACUUGAGAACAAUAAACUACACUAUUUCAUCAUUAUAGAAGAAACUGCACAAAGUGAAUGUUUACAGCGUAGCAACAAAUUGCGACUGUAGAAGUUGUUAGCGCCAAUUGCUGUUGACAGUAGAAAUCGCGGGAAUCCGUGUGCGGAAAAAACCUUUACAGCCGCUCUGUAGUUGAAAGCAGCUGACAGUAUUUACGCGGGAAACUGCGCUCAGUUAUUCAAGGUUAGGAACAGUAGACGGAUUUCUUCCAUAGAUGAAAAACAUAAGAGCUAGUACUUGUAAUAUAAGUCAUAAUUCAUUGACGUUCUAGAACGUCCUUCUAUUUUCACAUGAUUUUUAAUAUGACGUUCUGGAACGUCAAUACUAUUUUGUAACAAACACCUAUACUCGUUAAAGGGUUAAAAAUGCUUGAAACAUUUUUUUUAAUUACAGAAAGUAUUGUCUUUGGGAAUGAGCCUCCUGGGAUGUUAUAAUAAUGAACUGAAUAUUCAAAAUUUAUGAAAGUGCAAAUGUAGUGAAAGAGGUAAAAAUUAUGUGAAUUUAAUUUGUGAGUAUUAAAGCGUUAAAGAUUAUUAGUUGAAAAAUAGUUUACAGUAGGAUUUAUAAGCAAUGAGGAUAACAGGAUCAUAACACAUUAAAAUAGCCCUGUCGUAGUGAUGACAGGUGAUGGGAGGAAAGAGUGGCUUUACACAGGUCAGACUGUUUGCCCGUAGUGCGUAGACAGCACUGCCUCUGCAUCCUCAAUAGGCAAGGGAAACAACAACUAGUUAACUUUUCUUUUAAAAGCAAAUUUAGAAAUGUCAUUUAUAAAACUAAUAUUGUGGAACUGUUUACACAAAAAGUACUGAGCUUGGUAGUAUGAAUUUAUAUUCGAAAAAUACUUAGGUAAUUGCUGAGAUAGAUUUUUAUACAUGUAAAUUGAAAGAAAUUUGAGAAAAAGGUGCUUUAAAAUUUUUGAAUUAAAAAGGAAGCUAGAUAGUUAUGUCUUUUUUUAGAAGCUAAUUUUAAAAUUGAUUUAUGAACUGUGAACUAAGGAUCAAGCAGAUUUAUAAACUGCUUCACAAGAAAUAACUUCAAAUGCUUAAAACGAUUGCACAUGUGAAUAGUAAAUCAUAUUCAUUUAUUGAUCUACAAGAAUUUCCCUAAGGUUCUUAAAGACAAAAAUAUAUUUUUGUGCUUUUUGUUUGAGAUAUUUAAUAUGAUCUGCCCAUUUAAAACAAAAAUAAAAAAGUAACUCCUCAAGAUAUGUAUAUGAGUAUAUUCUUCAAUUGCUUCACAAGUACUGGUACUGUUGGAGAGGUUUCCACAAAUAUGUAUGAUCAGACUGUCUGAAAUAUUCUGACAGGAUUUAGGGAGAUUGACAUAAAUCUAAUUUCAGUUAUAUUUCAAGAAAGGACCAUCUGAUCAAACGAUUUUUUCAGCAACAUUAAAUCACUUAAAGCACAUAAUCACUGUCCAUGUAUUUCCUAUAAGAAAAAUAAACUGGCGUCUUUGGCAAAUAGUGUUAUUCAUCCAUUUAAAUUUAGUUUGAAAAUAUUGUUAAUAUAUUAAGUUAAGAAAAUGCCCAAUAAUACUUCAUUGAACUACGCUAUAGUAUACAUUAAUUGCAUCACUACUUAUAUUAUACAUUAAUUGCAUCACUACUUAUAUUAUAAAUUGAAACAUUUUGUUUUCUAUUGGUAAAAAUAACAAAAACCAAGCAUGCCCCUAACUCCUAAUUGUUCUAAUAUAUCCAUUAACUUAUUUCUGUCAACAGAAUCAAAGGCUUUUUCAGGUCUAAAAGGAUUAGCAUAAAUUUUUAUGUAUUCCGAGAUCGUAUUAUUUCAUUUUGUAUUUAAAUCAAACAAUGCAUCCGAUGUACUCUUAUUGUCUCUAAUUCAUACUGACACUUAGAAUGUAUAUUGUUUACCUGCAAAAAGUGUAGGAGUUGUUCCUUAACUACUUUCUCUAGGACUUUAUCAAAGACACUUAAAAGGGAUAUCAGGCGGGAAUUAUUUUUAUCAAUAAAUCUAUUUUGAUUUAUGCAGAGGAUACAUUUUAGCUAAUUUAAAAUUAUCAGGGAAUAUUCUUGGGUGAUACUUAAUCAAGUGUAACAGUGAUUUUAUAACAACAAUAACAAUUAAACUGUCCUUGAGGACCCAUGCAAAUACGCCAUUAUGACUAUGUGUGGAGCCUCCCCGUAAACUUGUUACUUGUUGUAUUAUUUCAAGUUCUGUCACAGUACGUCGUGUAAAUAUCGCAUCAAGUCUAUAGUCACUGUUCUCACCACUGGAUGUCCUCCUAAGACAUGGGCUAAUUUUUUCCCGAUAGAAGAAAAAUUUAUUGAAAAUAUUUGCUACUUGAAUAAUUUUUUGUUGUUAAUAUUUGAAUUUGUCGAAAAUAACUUUCUUAAUGGAUAUAUGUCAUUUAGUUUUGCUCCCUAUCUGCCAAUUCAUUUACUAUUCCCAAAAUCUUUUAGAAUUGUUUCUGAUUUCUGUAAUUUUAGAGGGAUACUGCUCUCUUGUAGAGUGUUUUAAUGAAGUGCUUAGAAUUUGUCUAUAGUUGUGGAAUGAUAUUAUGGUUCACAUUAAAAGGUUGUUUUAAAUUCUUUUACUUAGCGUAUCUCGAGCUCUUAUUUAACAAACUAAUUCUGCAGAUAUCCAGGGCAUAAAUUUCUAGAUCUAUUAGGUCUUAGGGACGUUCUCGAUUGAUUUUUCUACUAAAUCGUUAAAUAGGUGAAACAUCCAAAGAAUAUAAUACAGGUUCCUAGUGGACAUGUGUGAGGUUGUCAGCAAGUAUCACUUGGUCUACGUAUGUAGCAGUUUGAGUCUUGUCAGUGGCUGUAGGUCAAGUUAUUGUCAAAACAGUGCUAUAAUAAUCUAUGAGGCUUGAUUAAAACAUAGCUGGUCUAACUCUACUCAUAUCUCUGUAUCGUAAAAAAAUGUGAUUCAGACAAGACUGGGUUGUUUUCAGUUACUCUAAUAGGUUUGUCUACACAUUUCACAAGUCCCGUCCCAAAUAUACAGUUAUAGUAUUUAUCCAUCAGUGUAUCUUAAGUAAGUCUAUGUUUAUAUCGCCUAUCAAUACACACAUUUUAUUUGUAAAUUUUCAAAAAUAGUAAUUGUCUAGCUCAUCUGUAAAUAAAUCUAAAUUGCUAUCAAAAGUUCUGUAAAGUGUAAGCAAGUUAAACUGUUGUCCUAAAUAAAUAAAAUCUAGACUAAUUGCAAACACAUCCCUAACUAAUCUGUGUGGCAGUGACAUUCAGUCGUUUGUUUAUAUAAAGUACAGUCCCAUCAUUCCGGUUCCUUUGCUUUUCUGUCAGGUAAAUGUCAAAGCUCUUAAAUAUCAUCCAUAUAAGAGAUAUCAAAAAUUGUGUAAUUACGAAUUGAUUAGAUUAAGAUGAAGAUUAAUUUUUUUUUCUAAAUAAACAAAUUACAAAUGUCACAGUGCAUUAAACUAUACUGCAAUAUUUCACCAAAGAACUAGUAGUCAUUUUUCCCUGUAAUGGCAGGCAAUUUUUGAGUGUUUUGUACCCUUUAAAUUUAGUCAUAGCUUACGUAACAAAACCUCUAACACAUAACUUAACAGAACAAGUUAGAAAUUAAAUAUAUAAAACGCCUGAUGUGUAGAAUGAUUGUAAAGUUUUUGUACUGACUACAUUAAUGUGACCAAUUAUUCAUUAAUGUUUAUGUAUUAUCAUUAGGUGAGUUAGUUUGUCUUUCUAUUAAUGUUUUGGUUAGUGCUUGUCUCCUUAUUUAGUUUUCAAGAUUAGAUUGUUUACUGAAUGUUUUUACUCUAAGAUAAAGAAUUUUAGGGAUUGAAUGUUAAAUCUGGAUUGGAUGACAACUGGUGUAGUGUAGACAUUUCAUCUUGUUAUUUUCUUUGAAAUAUAUAAAAGUUGUUUUAGGUAUUCAUGCUAAAAAACCAUACAUAGACAUAAUACGAUAAAAAAUAAAGUUCGGCUGUAGUAAGGAUUCCUUAUUUUUUUUUAAUUUUUACUAGCUAAAUACUAGUACUAUUACUUAUUACAAAAUCUUUGGAAAAGCUGAAUGGAUUAGAGUUAAUUUUGUUAUAGUUUUGUUUUACCUCUCAUGUGCUUGCUAAGAAACUAGUUUAAACAUUUUGCAACCUAACCGAAGACACCCACAAUAAAACAUACACUUUUUGAUUAUUGACAGCAGACACUUGGAAAUUUUUCCUAAGUGUUUCUGUAGAAAUUAUCCUUGUUAAUGAAACAGUUAAUGAAAUUUUGCACGUAACUUCAUGUUACCUUUAAGUGCUUAUUGAGAAAUGAGUUUGAUCUGCAACCUCGGGGUCCUUGUUUUCCUGUCAUUAAUAUUUAGUGUUAUUAAAUUUCAUAAACUAUUGAUUCAAGUACCAUGAAAUUCUGUAAAGUUUUAUGUUACCAUCCUACGCUUGCUCACUAUUUGAAGGUUCUUGCUCUCUGUUUUCUGCCUCGCUAGCUUUCAAAUUUGAAAAGAUCCACUUAAUCAUGCUGUAAACUGGGUAAAGUUCAUAGAUGAAUUUAUUUCUUUUACAGAAAAUGUUCGGAAACGUUAGUGUUGUAGAAUCUAAAUUAUGUUAAAUAAUUUAUCUGUCUCCAAAAGUACAUGACAUAUUUAAAAAUUAGUAUUAGUUAUAAUUUUUAUAACCCUAAUAGUGUUUUAAUAUUUUUCUCACAGUUUAGCUUAUUUUUAGUUUGUAAGAUGUUUCUCAAACUUAGAUUGAUAUCUCAAUAAUGAAAUAUAAGAGAUAAACAACGAAUACAAGCUAAUAAUUGCUUGUUAGAGUUUCUAUUUAAACAUUUAAAAGUUUAUUGGUUACUGUUAAUUAUUUUGCUUUUCAAACCUAAGUGUUGUAUAGCACAAUCAUGACAUUUUAGAAUUAUAUUUAUGUUUAUGUGCAAUAAUAUUAUGUUUUAACUUGUAAUAUUGUAUUUCUUGGAUUAGCAGUAUUAUGAUUACCUUCUUCAUUUAUUUAAACUACAGCACUUAAUUUUAUUUCUUAAUAGAUUUUGAGUAUGAUUAAGUUUUAAUUAAUACCAAAGGAAUGUGAUAAUUUAUAAACCUAAAAGUUGUACCAAUGAUGAAUUUGUAGUUUUAAUACACAUGUUAUUUUAUAAAACAUUUAAAUUAAUGUAAGAACUUGAGUGGUAAUGACAUUUGGCACUGAAGGUAAAUAUAAAAUAUUACCUGCUUGCUGGUAGAGUUUAAAUGCAAAUAAGGUCAGUUUUAAAGUUGCACCUUCUAUCUCGGUGAAAAUUUCACAGAAAUACAGUAGUUAAACUGUACUGGUGCUUAAACGCAGAAAAGGCAAUUUUACUGAACGUCUAGUAAAGUAGUUACCAAACAUUUUUGUCACUUUUUUCUUUACACAAAAUAUUGGUUGUGAUUAUCAUAUUUUUAUUGAGUUAUUAAGAUAUGCUAUUGACUGAGUUGAGUUGCUGAUAUUUAAGAUGUGGGUAUAUUAGUUUUUAAAUAAAGUUAUCAUAAUUCAAUGGUCAAGAGAGUCAAUAAAUAAAACCACUCUGUAUUGGGUUUUUCUACUUUGUCUGUUUUGGUUUUGUUUUAGUUCCUAAAAUGUAUGCUAGUCAUGUUAGAAGUGUUCUACUUUAUAUAGUGCUUGUGUACCAAAUAUUUCUCAGUUUACAAAUAAGAGAAUGAAAAUAUUUUAAACCAAAUACACUAUUUAUAAAGAAAAUACACAUUUUUUUUAAUACUGGCUAUAUGCUGGAUUAAUGCAAAUUCAUAUGGUAGUUUGCUUUGCAAUUUAUAUGUAUUAGAACUAUCUCAUAUGUGCUGAAUCAAUAUGACAUUGUAAUGUUCUCACUAUUGUUGCAGUUGGCUUUUAGCGAAUUUCCAUAUAGAUAUAUUUUACAGAAAACAAUAGUUAUUAAUUUUAACUGGAAGCUUGGCAGGUGGUGUCAUAUACCAAAAGUACAGUAUUUAAAAAACAAUAAAGUAUAUUUUUGAAUGGUUUUCAAUUUCUGGACAAUAUAUAUAUAUAUAUAUAUAUUUAUAUAUAUAUUUAUUUAUAAACAUCAACAAAACUUUAUCCAACUUAUGUAUAUAAUAGGAGUCUAACAGACCUUCUAUUUCUGAUAAGGCUAAUUUUCUCAUUACCCUCUUCUUAAGAUAACUCAUUUUUUAUUUGUUAAUUGCUAAUUUACAGGAAUAAGGAGAGUUCUUUAUUACAAGAAAAUAAUUGAACAUCUUUCAUUUACCGAAUCAUAUUUCUAUCCACACAAUACCUUGA